AUGAGCUUGAGGAUGCUUUCUGAUCUCUGUUCCAGCAUGGGAAUCUGGUCCAGAAUAUCUUCUGCACCUGUCAGCUCUGUCCUGAUAUUACUUCUAGUGAAACAGGCCAAAGGAUCUCUGCUGGAAAAAACCACUACUGGAUGGAACAAAUAUAAACAAGAAUGCUUGAAAAUGCUGCAGGAAUCAGUUGUAGAUUCUGGCAUCCACUGCAAUGGGACAUUUGACCAGUUUGUUUGCUGGCCUUACUCACGCCCAGGAAACGUCUCUGUUCCUUGUCCUUCAUAUUUGCCGUGGUUGGAAAAUGGAAGUGCAGGAAAUGUACACAGAGUCUGCUUGGACGGAGGGACUUGGCAAACGAAGGAGAACUCCACAGACAUUUGGCGAGAUAGUUCAGAAUGUUCUGAGAAAAAUCAUUUCCAAAAAAAUGAAGAAGACCAUAAAUUACUCACCACAUUGCAGCUGGUGUACACUAUAGGAUAUUAUUUUUCCCUCAUCUCCCUUGUGUUAGCUCUUCUUAUCCUUUCUUCACUCAGAAAACUCCACUGUACGAGAAACUACAUCCAUAUGAAUUUGUUUGCCUCUUUUAUCUUGCGUGCCACAGCAGUUCUGAUCAAGGACAGUGUCUACUACAACAUUUACUCCAAAAGACCAAAUGAUGAGAGUGGAUGGAUAUUGUACCUCAGUCCUGAGAUUGUAAUCCUUUGCAGGACUGCCCAGUUCUUCAUGCAUUAUUUUGUUGGGGCAAAUUAUUUCUGGCUGUUAGUGGAAGGGAUUUAUCUGCACACCUUAUUGAUCACUGUUGUGCUGUCUGAGAGACGACUGCUGCAGACAUACAUUGUGAUAGGAUGGG